GAGAGAUUGGGUUUGGCAUCUACUGCUUGUCCAGGCAUAUGACGCUCACAGCGUGGUCGUGGCAGCUUCUUCUUCUUUGGUCAGCGCCCACCUCGCCCCCUCCCCUCUCCCGCUCCCCCACUAGCGCCCCUAUCCCCUGCCCACACCCGGUGGCCGGCGGCACCCUGCAGCCGCGCGAUGUUGCUGCCGUCCUCCGCGUGCCCGCUUGCCGAGGCGCGCGCCGACGCGGAGGAGCUCCGGGCGGCGUCGCUGCUCCCGUCGUGGCCACACCUCGGUGCGGUCUACGACGUGCUCGUCGCAGCCGUCGCCGACGCCGACGCUAAGUCCCUCCGCGCGCACGUCAACCACCGCUGCCGCACCGCCCUCCUGGCGAUCUUCGCCCCCGAGGACCCGCGCGAUACCCCAAGCCCACCAUGGAUCGCGCCUUCGUGCGCCGCUCCAUGGCGAACGCCCUCCUCCUGUUCGCCAACACGGCCUCGUCACUGUCCUCCUCCUCCUCUCCUCCGCGUGUUCCAGGAUUAGAUUAGCUUGGAGUCUGCCUCCUCCGCACUGAAAUUUCAAGGAUUAGUUAGGCCUGGAGGCUGCCUCCUUCGUACUGAAAUUUCUUCACACAUUGCUCAAGUUUUGGAUGACCAGCUCCGUAUCUUUUAUUCGUUCUGAUUUUUUAGACUUCGAUGUCAUCUUAUGAUCUUGCCAGUCUAUAGCUGCAAUUGGCGCUUGUCCACUUUGCCAGUAGUGGACGCAAGCCUGUAUAAGUUCUCGCUUGCUGGUUUUUAUUCUGAGAUCACGAUGCUUCCUGUGAAUUUUCAGGCAUCAUAUAGGAAGUUCGUGGCGGAUGUGCAAGUCAUCUGCAGCUCGUGGUACUGCAAAGAGAGAGCAGAUUCAUCUCUCGUUAUUUUAGUUCUGUUAGAAAUGUUGUUCAAGCUUCCUGCCACGCAACCUGUUUGACAUGGUUUAGAUGUGCUGCUGCUAGAAGUUCGAUUGAUUUGCAACUUAGGUUAGCUAGUACACGUGCUCGCUGGAUCCUAUAGAUUGGUGAUGGAUUUUGUACUGGUUGAUCUCGGUGAAAAGUUCGAUUGAUUUGCAACUUA